AUGUAUUUGGUGGAUUAUCGGCAGCAAAUGUAUCCACCAGUCUUGCAACCAUACAACAUAGAGCGACAACCAUACAACCUGGGUCUGCAACCAUACAAUCUGGGACUGCAACCAUACAAUCUGGGACUGCAACCGUACAACCUGGGACAGCAAUCUAUUCGACAAAUACAACCACCAGGCAGACCAUGGCAAUAUAUUCAACCCUCGCUACCGUCAGCUGUGCAACCAGAAUAUGUGCAACCGAAAGUUAUUGAUAAAACAUGUGACGGCUGCAUAAUAACUGUAAAUUGCGGUGGCAAAGACUGUUUGCCGACGAAACAAUCAACAAUUUGGAUACCACCCACACGAGAACCAAUACGUUUGACGCUGCCACCCGCACCAAAGGCAGCUUGGACUUUCGAAACGAGAACAACGCAAACUCCGAAACCAACAUCGAGAGAGUGUCGUAUGUGUCCCUGCUACGCACCUCAGCAGUGUCAAAUGUGUCCAUCAUGUAAAUGA